CCCAGGGUCCCUCACCGACGCUCCCUCGGCAGAGACCCCCAGCUGCGGGGAGACACAGGACAACACAGGGAUGGAGAAGGAUGGUGUUUUAACUGCUCAGAUGGUCUCCAGCAGUGUAUCCCAACUUGGACACUUUGGCACCGGGAUGCAACGCUCAUACCACAGCCUUUCUCUACCUAGUCACAAUCUCAGUGACAUAUCUGUGUUAUGCAAUUAUGUCUAUCUUCAAAAGCUGGAGCUGCCACACAACAAAAUUAGAGAUUUAUCCUGCGUGAGCCACAUGCCCUACCUCGUCAUCCUGGAUGCCUCUCACAACGAAAUCUCCAACUUCUUUGAAUUCCAGCCACCCAAGAACCUAAAGGAGGUCAAUUUCUCCCACAACCGCAUGAUAAAAAUGAAGGAUUUGUCAGCCUAUUUGUCACUUAGUAGACUGGAUCUGGACUAUAACAGCUUCCGUGAGAUCAGUGGACUUGAGCAAUGUUGCAAGCUGAUCCAUCUCAGCCUGGCACACAACAGGAUCUCAAGGAUCAGCGGACUGGACAGUCUGCCUCUCAGACACCUCUGCCUUCGGGGGAACCAGCUGGAGACAAUUGAAGGGUUGGAGAACCUGAAGAGCCUGCAAGUUCUCGAUUUGUCUAUGAAUCGUGUCAGCAGUCUGUCAGGCCUCCAGAAUCUCCACCUAUUGGGCUCCAUCAACCUGGAGAAAAACCUGAUAAGUGAAAUUCAGGAGUGCAAGCACAUUCACAAUAUUCUCCUGCUGAGAGACCUGAAUCUGCUGAGAAACCCUGUACAGGAACAACCUGAUUACAGGCUGGCAGUCAUCUUCCUCCUUCAGCAUCUGACUGUGCUGGAUCAAGAAAUAGUCAGUGCUGAAGAAAAGGUGUCCUCAGUAAACAAGUAUGACCCUCCUUUGGAUGUGGUGGCAGCCAGAGAUCACAUGACCCACCUUGUGUAUCAGCUGAUGCAGCCCCAGGUCCUGUAUGACAGCAGUACGCUGCCCAGUGCAGACUCUCCGUACCCCAUGCUGGUGCUGACAGGUCCUCAAGGCUGCGGGAAGAGAGAAUUGGCUCACAGACUGUGUCAGGAGUUCAACGAAUACUUCGCUCAUGGAACAUGUCACACCACAAGGGCGCCCUACUUUGGAGAGGAGAAUGGACUUGAUUACCAUUUUGUCAGCGAGGAGGACUUUCAGAACAUGAUUCCUAUGGGUAAGUUUAUCCAGACCUUGCAGUAUGGGGGUCACAGCUACGGUCUGACCAGGGAUGCCAUAGAGGACGUGGCUAGAGAAGGACUGGCCUGCUGUGUGCACAUGGAGCUGGAGGGUGUGUUCAGUCUGAAGAACAGCUACUUUGAGCCUCGAUACAUCCUCCUGAUUCCCGUGCAGGUGGAGACGUACAUGGGCCACCUGAAAGACCGUGGACUCUAUACCCCAGCACAGAUUGAUGUUGCGGUGUCACGCAUAGAGCUCUACGCCAACACCAACAGGCAACGUCCGGGAUUCUUCGAUAAUGUUAUCCCCUGUGAUGAUCGGGAGGAAGCCUACCAGACGCUGAGACAGGUAGUGAAGAGCUACCUGUUGCUAGAGGAGCAGGAGGAAGGCGAGAACAACAACAGAGCAUCUCCUGACAACACCUCCACAGGUCAGGAGCCAGAGGAGAAGCCGCCCUCAGCCCCGCCAAGGUCAGGAUCAGACUCCCUCACGUCACACUCUGACACAGCUCUUGACCCCUCCGAUCCCUCCUACAGAUCCUAUUUCACCAAGAUCCAAGCAGAGCUCAGCCCUCAGAAGAGCCCUGCUGAGCUAGCCUCCAUCAGGAGGCGUGAGCAGCUGGUGAGGGAGGCAAUAGUGGGGAAGAGUCCAGGGGUCUACAGCCAGCUCUUCAAAAGUACUGCUCAAACGGCACCAUCAUCACUACACAAUCAGGAUCUUGGCUCCCAUUUUCAUGAGGACAGCAGCUCCGAUGAGUCUCGUGCCAGCUCGGCUCUGUCGGUGCCCAGUUCGGCCGGAGCCUUGUCUGGCUUCGUGGAACCACUUGAUACCUCUGUCCUGGGACACACUGUGGAAACAGCCAAAGAUCCGGCUGCAUCAGACCAACCACCCGACACCCCUCGCCCAGGAACAGAUCAAGCACCUGCAAUUGUGUCUCCCUCUUCUGAACGACGCCCAGGAUCCAACGUUAAGCCCAUCCUGCCACCGAUCCCCACUGGGCGCAAGACCCCUGCUGCACCCAGUCCAGCUCCAUCACCUAGACCCGACCCAAACCCAGCAGUCGAAGAGGGAGGAGAUACAAACAUGGAGGAAUAGCUCGAUAUCUGACAUCUAAGAAAAGCUGCAGAUAGUUAUAAUAACAGAAUACUAUUUUGUUAGCAUUAGAAGAAAAUGAGAUGAAGUAAAUCAGUCAGUAAAUAUGUAAUAGUACAUGAUUAUAUAUAUAUAUAUUUAAGCUCGGCCUCUGUAACUACAAAAGUUGUCAGUCAACCACAAAACUAAGUGUUUGUUGUUAUUUCACCGCAAAAUACAUGAACUGUGGUGUGAUACA